AUGGUAGUAGAUGACGAUGAGAAGAAAGACAUGUGUCCGAUCUGUAAGACGGAUCGGUACCUGUCGCCCGAUAUGAAGUUCUUGGUGAAUCCAGAGUGUUAUCAUAAGAUUUGCGAGUCGUGCGUCGACCGUAUAUUCAGUCUGGGACCGGCCCAGUGUCCAUAUGAAGGCUGUGAUAAGAUCCUAAGAAAGAACAAGUUCAAGACGCAGGUUUUCGACGAUGUCAACGUGGAGAAAGAGGUGGAUAUCAGGAAAAGGGUGUUCAACGUUUUUAACAAGACGAUAGACGAUUUUGACGGGGAUCUUUUGGCUCACAACAAGUAUCUCGAAGAAGUGGAGGACAUCGUUUACAACCUGGAUAAUGGGAUCGACGUAGCAAGUACGGAGGAAAAACUGCGCACAUACGAGGAACUCAACAAACAGCUGAUCAUGGCAAAUAUAAAGCGGAAUCGCCAAGACCUGGACAGUUUUGAACAGCGACAAAAGUUCGAAAAGGAGAUGAAAUUGAAGAAAAGACAAUUGGAACGGCAGAUCGAAGAAGAAGAGCUAGCCAACCGAGAAUGGGCCCGUAAAGAGAUCGUGAACCAGCUGUCAUCGGCAGAGAGCCCAGAAGACGUGAUAGCGCACGUUAAGAAGACAGUGAAGCUGAAAAAAUCGUCUGCAAGACGUAAAUUGGAAGACCUCAACAAAGUGCUUAAAAAUAAUCCCUACAUGACGGUAUCUAAUGGGCUGAUGAAGAAAAAAGAUACAGUGCCUUUCACACCGUUCAAUGGCGAUCGCGAUCUCAACAAACGGUACGUGCUUGUGGAGUCUCAGUACGACGAUCCCUUCAUCAAAUCGUUGCAAACCAAGAAAGAGUACAUUGCCUCAGGAUUCCGGGCGGAUCUCGUGUACGAUCGCAUGUUGACCGAGGCGUUCAUGGGAUUGGGCUGCAUCAUUUCUGAGGAAAUGCAGCUGAGCAGUGUUUCCGGUUGA